CUUAGAUAAUGAACAAGAAGGGGAUAUGAAAAACACUACAGAAGAGCUCCAGUGUCUGCAGCAGCUUUGUCUCGACUGACGGAGCUUAGAUUCGCUACAGGUUGACUACACAUUUGAAAUGGACCUGUUCAACUCCGCUCUUGGCAUAAAUAUCACCUUCAUCCGACCUGCAUAUUUUAUAAUAAGUGGAUUUAUUGGCAUUCCUUAUAUGAAGUACUACUAUGUUUUUCUCAGUUUUGUCUAUAUUGCUUCAGUCCUUGGAAACACAGUAGUAAUGGUUCUGAUCUACUUGGAUCAUAACCUCAGAACUCCUAAAUAUGUAGCAGUUUUUAACCUUGCAUUUGUGGACCUGUUGGGUAACACAGUUCAGGUGCCGAAGGUGCUCGACAUCUUUUUGUUUAAUCACUUUAACAUCUCCUAUAAUGACUGCUUGACAUUCCUGUUUUUCUGCUUUACUUGCCUUUCAAUGCAGGCUCUUAACCUGGUUGCUCUCUCCUACGACCGGGUGGUGGCUAUCAUGUUUCCUCUGCACUAUCAGACAAAGGUUACCCACAGAUUUAUGUUUAGUUUGAUCGCCUUUUUCUGGCUGUUUGCUAUAAUAGCUCUUCUGGUUGCUGUUGGUCUUCUCACCAGACUCUCCUUCUGUGAUUCAGUUGUAAUUAACAGCUAUUUCUGUGAUCAUGGUCAAAUAUACAGACUUGCGUGCAACAACAAUUUUCCCAAUUCUGUCAUCGGUUUCUUGUUGCCAUUUCUCAUUCUUUGGCUUCCUCUGUUUGUCAUCUUGUCCAGUUACAUUUGUAUUGGCUAUGCUUUAGUUAAAGUAGUGACAGUUAACGAACGAAUGAAGGCCUUCAAAACCUGCACAGCUCAUCUUUCAUUAGUGGCGAUCUAUUUUAUCCCUAUAUUAAUCACAUUUACCAUGAGUGCAAGAAUACAUCCUAAUGCCAGGAUAAUCAACUUGUCUCUGACUUCAGUGUUUCCACCCAUGUUAAACCCAAUUAUUUAUGUUUUGCAAACACACGAAAUCAAAAGUUCAUUGAAGAAAAUUUUUAAAUUCAUCAGGCGAUCCAAAAUUUUAGUUAAAGGAGAUCGGACAUAGUCCAAAAUUCAAUUUUGUUUUUACAUUUAUUUUGAUUGUACUUAUUGCAGGUUUCUU